AUGGAAUCAUACGCCGCCGUGAACGGCAGGCCCAUUUUUCUGGUUUCAUAUUAAAAUAUUAAAUCGGAUAAGGUUGAACAUUCCGGCGCAUCUGACAUUUAUGGCGACUUUCACGAUUCAAGCUUACUUAAUUGCCACUAUAAUCGCUGUGUGUGUAUCUGCCUGUCGCACGGUGACGCGAUAAGCUGUAAAAACGAAGGGCCAUCUCCGUCCCGUACCCGGAAAAAGAUGGACCUCAUUGGAGGACUCGCGAAUCCCGGCAACCCAUCGCUUAAAAUCAUCUCAGUCGCCGCCGGAGAAGCUCACACUCUCGCCCUCACAGGUGAUGGCAGUGUGUAUUCGUGGGGAAGAGGAAUGUUUGGGCGGCUCGGGACGGGGUCAGAAUCGGACGAGUCCUUCCCUGUUCGGGUCCGGUUUGAUUCGUCCUGUGAAUCGGGAAGAGAGAAGCUUAAGUUUGUUGGAGUGGCUGCUGGUGCUUAUCACAGUCUGGCUCUUGCAGAUGAUGGAUCAGUUUGGUGCUGGGGUUACAACAUCUAUGGCCAACUUGGUUUCAGUGAUGAUAAUUCUUCACUGCCUCGCUUGUUAGAGCGUUUUCUUGAAUUGUGCUCUCCUGAUGCUUUGACAGACAGGUCAGAAACAAGGGGCAAAGCACCCUUAAAGAUUUGUUCUAUAAAAGCUGGAGGAAUGAUGUCGCUAGCAAUUGAUAAUCUUGGUGGCCUCUGGAUCUGGGGCAACUGUCCUCAGCCAGCCAGCUCCAGUGAUGGGAAGUUCUCUCUUUUUAGCUGUUCCACUCCAAUUCCAGUCUGGCACUUUCAUGGGCACACAGUCGUUAAGGUGGCAUGUGGAAAUGAGCAUGUUGUCGCCCUAGUUAGUGCAGGAGAAACAUAUAAGGGUGGUGAUCUUAUAUGCUACUCUUGGGGUAACAACAGUCAUGGCCAAUUGGGGUUGGGAGAUACAGAAGGCAGGUUACAUCCUGAAGUCGUUGGAACUUUUAACCUGGAAUCCCCUUGGGCACUUGAUGAGGUGGCUUGUGGGGCAUUUCACACAGCUUUACUCAGUCACAUAAAGGAACCGGGUGAUGCAUUAGAAAGUGUUCUCUGGACAUUUGGCCUGGGGGAAAAUGGGCAACUUGGGCAUGGAACAAAUAGGAGUGCUUUGUUACCUGAACCUAUUAAAGGAUUGCCGCAGCAUGUUUUCCUGGUUUCUAUUGACUGUGGCUUGUUUCACACUAGUGUCGUUACCUCUGCUGGUGAGGUGUGGUCAUGGGGGAUGGAGAAGGGUCUUGGUCUGUGCCCAGAUGCUAGUUUCACUGGAAAUGACGCUGGUGAUGCAGUUUCUCCCCGGCUGUAUGGAUCUAAAAUUCCUGGACUGUUGCAAGUUGCGUGUGGUGCUGCUCAUACUGUCCUUGUUGCAAGUGAUGGUUAUAAGCUAUGGUCAUGGGGCAGGGGAAGGAGUGGUGUUUUGGGAAAUGGUAAAACAGUUGAUUGUUUUGCUCCCAAAAUAGUGUUGUGGCCUCCACUUGUGGAGGAUUUCAAGGAAGAGGAAUUGAAGCCUACUAGUGAGGGAAAAAAUAUUGAAGAUGAAGAUCCUAAAACCAAAGAAAUGGGGAAAAAGUUAUCCUCGGUUAUGGAUGAGUUGAAGCUCCUUCAUUCAAAACUCUCUGUUUUGGAACGGUAUGCUAGCAUACUUCAUGGUUCGAUUUAUGGCAAACCUCUUGAGGAGCGAGAUAUUCCGAUGUCAUUGCAGAGCUUAGGUACUUUUGACAUUGCAAAGGAAUGGGAGAACAUGUUAGAGUCUGCAGAUCGUGGUAAGCUUGUCAGGUUGGAGGGAUUCUACCGGAACAUGCUUGUGGGUGUUAAAGAUAAGCUAAUGAAGAGAAGGAUCCAGGAGAUUAUGAAGGAGUGUCUCCAUUCCUCAACCGCAGGUAAUUAGAACUGCCCCAAAAGGAAAUAAACAUUAGAAAAAGCUGUAAGUCAGUUGGAGACAAUCGGAAGUGCAUAAUGUUUUGAAUGAACUGUCAAAAAUGUUCACAGCUUGGUCAUAUGAGCUUUAGCAUACAAUUGGAUGGUAUGUGGUUUCUUAGGCCACCUUCCAUCACUUGCAUUAGUGAGAUUGUGUAACACUGAGAGAUUGUAUAAAUUUAUUAAAUAAGUCUUGUGCGGAAAGAAAAGGAAGGAAAGAACUAAGUUGAUAAAAUUGAUGUAAAGAAUAUGCAGGCUGAGAUAAUGAAUUCCUUUGGCAGCUGUGUAAUAAAUUGAUAUGUAUUUCAAUAUUAAAUAAUAAUGGCUGCAUUUGCUUGUUUGCCUGGUUGAAGAGAAA